UUUGCGCCAAAACUCACAGCUGAUACCGAUUUUGUUGACAAACGCAGAUAACGAAGAACAAGAGUAGAAAUCGAAGUUCAUUGAUAGAAUGAAACUGAAUGGACGCCCUUCCGCUUAUUUCUAAUGAGUUGCCCUUGCAAAGACUGAAUAAAACGGGCGAAAGGGAUCCAAAAACUGGUGUCAUGAGGAAAUAUUACAAGCUCGCUUUGUUCCUGGUGGCAGCAUUCAGUUUUGUUUGUUUUCUGUUUUACAAAACUCAAUAUGACAAGCUAUAUAAUGUUCUGGAGGUGUUGGAAUUCUUUGGGAACGGCAAAACUGCUGGACUAGGGGGUUGUUCCACUUUGAUCACUCGUCCGCCAGCCUUUCAACGCCUUAGUGAUGACAUAUACACGUACAGUGCCUUUUGCGAAAGAAGUUUGGCCUCCAAUUUUCCGGAUGAUUGUUCUAUCGUCACCACGGCUGCCAUUGUCAAAGGCUCUCAAGAUUUGACUCAAAUCCGAUGUCGCCUGUGGUAUGCUGGUUCUACACUGCCCAUUGACGGCGUUUUCGCAGCUGCACCAGUCAGUGGAAUAACGAGGAGUAACAAUGGCAUCACUCCGUAUCAGUUUUCCUGCGAAAGCAAAUAUUCGGCCAAAAUUCCCUAUGGCGUGACCUUCCGAACUCAAGACAAUCAAUAUGAGUCGUUCGUCCAUAUUGCAGACUCGCUACCGUCCAAUACGUCUCCCCAACCUGAUAGUGUCGCCAUAUGCUUGUUACCUCCCCAAACUCCCGAGGACACCACCUAUAAGGCAUUGGAACACGUUUUGCUCAACACUCUAUUUGGCGUCAACAAUUUCCUGGUCUACGACUAUUCACUCACUCGCAACUUUUUCCGGGCUCUGUCCCUGACUCGCGAUCUUCAACCCAAUAUUUACUUGCUACCUUGGAAUCCUCCAACUCAUCUCACCGCCAUUCAAACUGAGAGCUUGAUCCAAACUGAUUGUCUGUUGAGAACAAAAAGGUUGUUUGAAACUGUGAUGGUGUUGAACAAUACUCAAAUCCUGGUCCCCAGGGAUCAUGGAGCGACCAUACAGGCCACACUGAAGGAAACUAAUCUCAAAGGUCAUCUGAAGGUCACGGUUCGACACUUCUGUUCAGAAAUGGCACCGGAAGCUUCGUCGGAUUCGAAUAUUUAUUCAUUAACCUCCCUCGAACAGGCCUCAUUUGACCCUAAUGCAAGGCAUAAAGUCGGGGUGGAGAGUAAAGUGGAUUUCAAAUCUGAGUUGGUGACAGUGUCAGAAGAGUUUCUAGUCCUGCACGAUUACGGGGCGUGUGGCAAGUAUGAAUUUGAAACCAGUGCCAAAGACACGUUCCUCCUGGAGCAACGCCAACGCAUCGAAAACAAAGUGGGGCGAUUUUUCCCAAAGAAAACCGUGUAAUAGCAAAUACUAUGAAUGCAAUUUCAAGUCUCAAUCAAAUCUUCUUCCUGACCGAAUCUACUUAAUCACUUAACUGAUCACCUUCCCUCCUCCUUCAUGAAUUCUCAAUACAUACAAAAAAAUCAGAGAACUAUUUUGCUGCCAAUGUGAA